CUACUCUUUGGAUUAAAUUGAUUUUAUUACAAUCGAUCGGAAUCCGAAUGGAGUGGAGUUGGAGCAUUGGAAUUGGAUUCUUGUAAUUGUCUUUGCUAAUAGUUUUGAAUAUUUGCUGAUUUAGUAUUAAGGUCUUUUGAUGCUUAGUAUCUACGUCGUACUUAUAACCUAUUUAUCAAGUUACGGUUCUUUUAACUUACAACAUGGUUUCGGGUGAAGAUUUAAUAGUUUGGUUAAUUUUAAUAUUUUCCUGGGCAGAAUACUUAUGGGAACUGUACCUCACAUUGCGACAGCUGAAAAUAUACCAUACAAAUAAAACCAUACCUGAUGAGUUGAAGGAGAUGUUAAAUGAGGAAUCUAUAAAGAAAGCCCGUCUUUAUGGCAUUGAUAAAUCAAAGUUCAAAAUAGCCAAAGAACUGUACAAUAUAAUUUUAAUAUCAGUGAUUCUGUACAAACGUUGGAUUUAUGUUGCUUGGUACAAAUCGGAGAUGAUAGCAGAAUCUUUAAAUAUAACACCUGAUCAAGAAAUCAUUGUCACUUGUAUAUUUAUGACAUUUGUAACUUUAUUUAAUUUUGUUAUGAAUAUGCCUAUUAAAAUUUAUGCAACAUUUGUACUGGAAGAAAAUCAUGGAUUUAAUAAACAAACAGCUUUAUUCUUUAUAAAGGAUCAGUUGAAAUCACUAUUACUGGGCCUUGUCAUCACUCUGCCUAUAAUAUCAAUUGCAUUGUACAUUAUUAUGUUGGGAGGAAAUAUGUUUGUUGUUUGGCUGUGGAUGUUCACAACCCUGACAACUCUGUUACUUCUUGCACUUUAUCCAACAGUUAUUGCUCCACUGUUUGACAAGUUUGUACCUCUACCAGAUAAUGCACUCAGAAAAGGAAUUGAAGACUUGGCUUCUAAGCUGAAUUUCCCCUUAUCUCAAAUUUACAUUGUCAAAGGCUCAAAGAGAUCAGCACACAGCAAUGCAUAUUUCAGUGGACUUUUAGGUGCUAAGAGAAUUGUUUUGUUCGACACACUAUUAGAAAGCCAUGAUAAAACAAAGAAUGUUACCACUGGCUGCACUGAUGAUGAAAUAUUAGGAAUUUUGGCUCAUGAACUUGGACAUUGGAGUUGCAGCCAUAUUUAUAAGUCUAUUGCCCUAACUGAAGUCAACUUACUAUUGUUAUUCACUGCGUUUGGUAUUCUUUUCAAAUACUCUACAUUGUAUACUGCAAUCGGGUUUCCAACUGAACAAGAACCAAUUAUAAUAGGUUUGUUAGUUAUCUUACAGUUGAUUCUAGCUCCCUAUAAUUCAUUAUUGUCAUAUUUUGCAACAGCGCUCUCUAGGAAAUUUGAGUUUGAGGCUGAUAACUUUGCUAUUAACCUUAAAUAUGCAAAUGAACUUAGGUCUGCUCUAAUAAAGUUAGGUAAGGACAACUUAGAUUAUCCCAUCUACGACAAACUGUAUUCUGCAUGGUACCACUCUCAUCCAACAUUGCUCCAUAGAAUAGAAAACAUUAAUAACAAAAUUUCUAACGAGAAGAAAGACUAAUUCAUACUAUAUUUUACAAUUUAUAUUUUGAAUGCAUUUUAAAUAGUACAACUAUAAUAAACUUUUUAUAUCUUGAUGUAUAUUUAUCUUGUGCAUUUUAUACUACUAAUAGAUAUUUUCAAAACAAUGUUUUGCUCCUAUUUUGUAAAGAUACAAUUAAGAAGUCAUUUUUUUUGGACACUUAAUGUCCAGAGGCAAACCAAAAAGCCAAGCUUUGCUCUAAGCAAUUUAGAAAAUGUAUGUAUGCAUUUGAUAAUAGUUUUAUUGCCUUCCUAAAUAGAUGUGUAGAGUUAUAUAGAUUCUCUGUGUCUAUGUUUAAUCUGAUCUCAGAUAUGUCUUCAUACCUCUGCAUGUAACUAGGAAGUAUGUAACUUAUAGGAACUAAACAGUAAUUAAGUACAUUUUAAUAAGUGUAAGGGUCUGUUCCGCUAAGUCCAAGUAAUUCCUGAAUAAA